AUGACACAAGUAUCUUCAUUGGCGUCAACAUCUUGGCAUAGUGAAUCAAAUGAUGUAAAAAAUGCAUAUAGAAAAAUUGCUCGUGAAGCCGAGCAAUUGUAUAUUAAUGAGAGGAAAAGAAGACAACAGCAAAAAACGAUCGAUAAAAUACAAACAUCAGAGUCUAAAGUAACAUCUACUUCAAUUUCAUCCGGAUCGACUUAUCCGGUCAUCUCUAGUCCUUCGCAUAAUACGGUAGUUAAUGUUACACCUAGACCAUUAAUCGACUUUAAACCGAACCUACAAGUUUUAGACACUAAUGCAUCAUCGGCUUUCAAUGGAUCUUACGAACAAACUUGUCCUACUUCAUUAGAAGAAAAUUACUAUUCAAAUCCAAUUAUGUAUAUACAAGAUCCACAGCCUAUAAUGCAGCAGCAUGGAACUUCAAUUCCAACUACCAACGCAAAUUUUAACAUUCAAUAUCAAUUGAUAUAUUCAGGGAAUCCCUUACCGACUGAAGAACGUUAUCAUCGUACUUUUAAUACCAAGAAUAGUUUGUAUAAUUCUAAUAUAUCUGGAACACAAUAUCCAUACACUCAAACAUCUAACCAGGCUUUAAAUUCGCAUAAUAUAUCAGAUUAUAUCAACGGUGGUGGACCUCUUGGAUCACCUGCUAAUGAAACAAAUGGAUCAUUCUUUGAAUAA